GUCAGAGAACUGGGGAAUAGGUCGAUGCUGGAAAGGGCAACGCGGCGUUUGGCGGGGUUCAGGGAGGAAGGCGCGCAGGGAAGGUGGGGCCUGCUUUCCGCGUAGCAGGGUGAGGUUCGGCCCUGUAAGGGCGCAGGAGUGGGCCAGGCUGGAGCGAGCGCGGCAAGGAGGCGGCAGAGGCGCGUCUCCCAGGCAGCGUGGGCUAGAGAGGACGGGUGGCCGAGCGGCAGGAGCUGGCUAGCGGCGAAUGGCCCGCAUCCCGGAGCGCGCGACACCUCGGCAAGGGCAGGAGGACGCCGGGAGGCCCCGCGGCCCUGCGCAUUGAGCCCGGCUGCAUCGCCAGGCCGGCCACGAGGGGGCGCAGCGCGGCACGGCGGGGAUUCGCUAGCGACCACCUGGCGCAGGAGCGGCCGCGUCUGGGCCUCAGAAUUCAUUGAAGACUUGAACAAGUGGACCCUAUUUCUUGUGUCCCCUUUUAUACUUGAAGCAGAACACAUAGCAUUUGUGACAGAGAGCAUCUGGGUACAAAGUGAGAAUUUACAGAGAUCAUCCUCCUCUUCAGAAACAAUUGUCAAGUGGUCCGACUGUUGCUUGCCAUUAGCUUGCAGACCUGGGGAUCCUUAUCGGUUAAUUGCGGAAGCAAGUGUGGACAACUUCAGCAAGCUGGGGGUGGCGUUCAUGGAAGAUAGACUCCAGAUGGAUAACGGUCUGGUACCCCAAAAGAUUGUGUCGGUGCGCUUGCAGGACUCCACCCUGAAGGAAGUGACGGAUCAGGCCUCAAACAAGCAAGCCCAGAUCCUAGAACCGAAGCCUGAAUCUUCUCUCGAGACUAAGUCUGAGCAGGACAGUAUGGAGCACGUUGGUAGAGAUGACCAGAAGGCUCUUGGUGAAGAGUCCAAACAGAGGAGAGGCAGUGCCUCUGGGAGUGAACCUGCUGGGGAUAGUGACAGGGGAGGGGGCCUCGUUGAGCAUUAUCACCUCCAUCUGUCCAGUUGCCAUGAGUGUCUGGAACUUGAGAACAGCACCAUUGAGUCAGUCAAGUUUGCAUCUGCAGAGAACAUUCCAGAUCUUCCCUAUGAUUAUAGCAGCAGUUUGGAGAGUGUUGCUGAUGAGACUGGCCCUGAAAGAGAGGGGAGGAGAGUCAACCUCACGGGAAAGGCACCCAACAUCCUCCUCUAUGUGGGCUCCGACUCCCAGGAAGCCCUCGGCCGCUUCCAGGAGGUCCAGUCCGUGCUGGCCGACUGUGUGGACGUUGACAGUUACAUUCUCUACCACCUGCUGGAGGAAAGUGCCCUCAAAGACCCGUGGACGGACAACUGUCUGCUAUUGGUCAUUGCUACCAGGGAGUCCAUUCCCGAAGUCCUAUACCAGAAGUUCAUGGCCUAUCUGUCUCAGGGAGGGAAGGUGCUGGGCCUGUCUUCGUCCUUCACCUUUGGUGGCUUUCAGGUGACAAGCAAGGGUGUGCUGCGGAAGACGGUUCAGAACUUAGUUUUCUCCAAGGCUGACCAGAGUGAGGUGAAGCUCAGCGUCUUGAGCAGUGGCUGCAGGUACCAGGAAGGCCCCGGAGAGCGGCUCAGCCCUGGCGGGCUCCAGGGCCACCUGGAGAACGAGGACAAGGACAGGAUGAUUGUGCACAUGCCCUUUGGAACUCAUGGGGGAGAAGCUGUUCUUUGCCAGGUGCACUUAGAACUACCUCCCAGCUCUGACAUCGUGCAAACUCCAGAAGAUUUUAACUUGCUCAAGUCAAGCAAUUUUAGAAGGUACGAAGUCCUUAGAGAGAUCCUGACGACCCUCGGCCUCAGCUGUGACAUGAAACAGGUUCCUGCCUUAACGCCUCUUUACUUGCUGUCAGCCGCGGAGGAAAUCCGGGAUCCUCUUAUGCAGUGGCUUGGGAAACACGUGGACUCUGAGGGAGAAAUAAAAUCCAGCCAGCUCUCUCUUAAAUUUGUUUCAUCUUACGUGUCUGAAGUAGAAAUUACCCCAUCUCAUCUACCUGUGGUGACCGACAUGGAGGCCUUCGCAUCAGAGAAUUUCAACUUGGAGAUCUAUCGCCAAAAUCUGCAGACCAAGCAGUUGGGGAAAGUGAUUUUGUUUGCUGAAGUGACCCACACGACGAUGCGUCUCCUGGAUGGGUUGAUGUUUCAGAUGCCACAGGAAAUGGGCUUAAUAGCGAUCGCGGCCCGGCAGACCCAGGGCAAAGGACGGGGAAGGAACGCGUGGCUGAGCCCCACGGGAUGCGCCCUUUCUACUCUGCUCAUCUCCAUCCCACUGAGAUCCCAGCUGGGACAGAGGAUCCCGUUUGUCCAGCAUCUGAUGUCUGUGGCUGUCGUGGAAGCAGUGAGGUCCAUUCCCGAGUAUCAGGAUAUCAACUUACGAGUGAAGUGGCCCAACGAUAUUUAUUACAGUGACCUCAUGAAGAUCGGCGGAGUUCUGGUUAACUCAACACUCAUGGGAGAAACAUUUUAUAUACUUAUUGGCUGUGGAUUUAAUGUGACAAACAGUAACCCGACCAUCUGCAUCAACGACCUCAUCACAGAAUACAACAAGCAGCACAAGGCAGCACUGAAGCCCUUAAGAGCCGAUUAUCUCAUCGCCAGAGUCUUGACUGUGCUGGAGAAACUGAUUGACGCAUUUCAGGACAAAGGGCCCAACAGCGUCCUCCCACUUUAUUACAGAUACUGGGUCCACAGUGGUCAGCAAGUCCGUCUGGGCGGCCCGGAGGGACCAAAGGCCUCCAUUGUCGGCCUGGAUGAUUCUGGCUUCCUCCAGGUUCACCAGGAGGGCAGCGAGGUUGUGACUGUGCACCCGGACGGCAACUCCUUCGACAUGCUGAGAAACCUCAUCCUCCCCAGACGGCGGUAGUGCUGAUGUCCCUGAGACAGGCCUGGGCCUGCCCUCCUCACUCACCUGGCCUGGCACUUGGGCAGCAGGCGGAGACGCCACUGGGCUGCCUGGGGUCCGAGCCCAGUGCGGAACCACCGCGGUGAGCAUUCCGCUUUCAGCACGGCCGCCUGGCCAUGCCCACACAUCUGGAAAUUCUGUUACUGUUUUUUUUAGGUUUGUUUUGCUGUCGUUUCCUUUGGUGUUUGAGGAGAACCUGGGAUAGAUGGCUGACAAGUAGAAGAUUUAGAUUAGGGAACGCCCUGGCACAGGUGGGAAGUCACUCUCCCUUCUGGGACUUCAACUUAUGUUUAUUGUCAGGGGGAGUUUCACGUGGAAAUGGCAAUGGAAGGUCGGGCACAGUGGCUCACGCCUGUAAUCCCAGGCAGAUCACCUGAGGUCAGGAGUUCAAGACCAGCCUGACCAAUGUGGAGAAACCCAUCUCUACUAAAAAUAAAAGGUUAGCUGGGCGUGGUGGCGCACCCCUAUAAUCCCAGCUACUCUGGAGGCUGAGACUGAGAAUUGCUUGAACCCAGGAGGCAGAGGUUGCAGUGAGCCGAGAUCGUGCCAUUGCACUCCAGCCUGGGCAACAAGAGUGAAACUCAGUCUCAGAAAAAAAAAAAAAGAAAGGAAGAAAAGAAACAGCAAUGGGAGGAUUGAGAGAUUUUCCCAGUAGCAGAGACCUUUACCCCUAGACUGAAAAAACAAACCAAGAUAUGCUCUCGAGCCCCGGCCAGUGUUGAGUAAGAAGUACCGUGUCCUGUUUCUGAGCAUGUUGGGAGGUAUUUAACACUAAGAACAUGCUUUGGCACUCGGGCAUUGUUCCAUGUUUUUGUUAAUGAAGGAAAGGGAAGGUAGACUUCCACCUGUGCUGUGGUCCCACAGCGAAGUCUAAACGCCUGUAGAGAUACAGCCAACUGGUGUCGUUGCAAUGACCUUGUAGAGGAAAUGAGUUAAUUGCUUUGACAGUAUUCGGUGAGCCCCCCUUUCCUAAGGAAGUUUAAUGUCCUUACUUAGGGACUUGGUUUGAAUUUACUACCUAUUAUGAAGAGACGGAAUCAAGUUCAGAGUCCUUAAAUGUCUGAUGAAGCAUCACUUGGAUGGGAGGUGGUGGCUUGGCUCUAAGAGCUGGAGAUGAAGGCACAUUCAUGCCACAUGCAAGGGAGGACUCGGAGCUUUAAAGCCAGUGUCAGAUUCACUCUGAAAUGUGGAGCAUUCCUAUAAGACUGUGCAGUUCACAGAAUAUAGAAGACAGGGCAUUCUACUCAUAAGUCAUAGUUUUUCUCGCCCCCCCGCCCCCAACCUUUACCUCAUUACCAAGGAAGAAAACGUUAUUGAUACUAAACACCAUCAGUUCAGAGGGAGGCUGUGUGCAUGAGUGCCCGCUGAUGUGUGUGCGUGCGUGUGUGCACACGUAGCUUUAAAAGAAGACACUGAAAAUCUGACGUGCUCAGGCUUCAUGAAAGAACAAAAGAAAGGAAGCGUUUUGAUACACAUUCGCUAUUCCCAGAUGGACGCCAGGCCUUUUCCAUGGCGCUCCUAUCUCUUGAACUUGUGAAUGAUCCCCAUUACCUUUCAGCUUUAAAAGGCCAGUUUUUGUCCAGCUUUCUCUCUUCCUGCCAGUGCCAGCUGAAAUUAGUGGAAAGAAAGUUUGAUGGAGCUUUCAGCUUUGAACAAAAGUCCUCCACUGUAAACCAGCACCAUCUUUAUCCAGGUCUUCCCCAGUCAGGCUAAUGCCAGAAACUUGUGGUUUUCAGUAUAAAAUCUGUCUACCUUUAGCCAGGCACAGAACACCCCACAGGAAGGAAAAAUACCUAAUACGUAUUUUUUGGAAAUGAAACAUUAAAAGAACUUCAAAAGUAAUUUUUGGAAAUAAGGCUUCAAUUAGAAUUAUUUUUCUCAAAAAAAGAAAAACACUCUUCUCCAAAUGCCCAAGUCUUCUUUCAAAAUUAGUUUGAAGCUUAAAUAAAAGUCUGUACCUCCCCCAAAUUACAAAAUGGACUCACCCUUGAGAGGGCACCUGCAAAAUAUCAUCCAGGGCAAAGAUCUCGAGGCUAACGACGCAAGUUUCAUUUCUCAGACUCUGUAAUAUAAGGCCAGCCCUCUCACAGAGCUGCCAUCAUCUCUUUUUUAAUUUCUUUGGGGGUUAUUUAAUGAAAAACAUGCUAUGUUUGGUUUUAAGCUGAAGUCCUAUUCUGGCCAUGCUGCUUUGGGGAACAAAAUGUUAUUUAAUUUCCUUUCUGCAAAUUAAAACUAAUGAAGUGUGGCCUUGUCAAAGGAUGCGGAGAUGUGCCUGGCCUUCUAACAGGCUGCCCACACUCGCAGGAGACCCAGUUGUCUUGAGGGAGAUGAGGCAGCCUUCAAGCGGAGGCCUCAUUUUCCAUAAACCUGACUUUGCCUCACAUGAACCAAAGACUCUCGCAACUCUGCUUCCUAUAGAAUUAGCUGAAUAAAGGCAUUUUCCCAAUAGCUGUUAGUGUUAGGGCAACUGUCUACCUGCUAUAUCCCUCUCUCCGGUUUGGGCCGUAUAGUAUGCACCCUGCAACGAGGAUCUCAAGGAGCUUUAAAGGUUUAAUGGACACUUGGCAUUUUCCUCCUGAUCUUUAAAAUGUGGUCACUGAACUCAGGAUUGGCAUGUGCUUUUAGAACACUGGAUUAUCCCUGGCUUUAGAGGCUGUGCAUUGAGUAUUGACUGUGUUUUGUAAAAGCAAGAUAUCCUCCUUUCCAGGCUGGUAUCAGAUUUCAGGAGGACUCCUGGGGAAGGGCCCCCUAAAAUAGAACACAGCAGUCACUGGGCUUCCUGUCCCUGGCCCCAUCCCUGGGGUGCCAGGGAGUGGUGGAAGUAGGAAGGAUUUGUUUUCGAAGUCAAAUCACGGUUGAGUUUCACUGCCGUAGGCUGAUGUCUGAUGUGAGAGCAUGUGACUGAGUGAAGUGUGGUGCACAGGCCCACGGGGAGCACGGGCAGGAGCGUGCAGCCUCUGGGAGUCCCCCCAAGCCACAGCAUGUACAGCAUGCUCCCCUUUUGCCCUGGAGUCUGGGAACAAAUAGCGGAGCCAGCCUCACCCCAAGCUUCAGAUGUACAAGGGAGGCAGGAUGGGCUCUGUUCUCCGGAUCUGUUUGCUCUUAUCCGGCAGAACAUGGGAGAAUCCUUAUUCCUCAUUAAUCACUAUGCAUAUUUGAAAUAAAAGAAAGUGGAAGCCUCUGCAGUUUUAGCUUUUCAAAGAAUGUUUCUGAAAAGAGUCACUUUAAACCAAUGCCUAUAAAAAAUAAAUCUACCAAAAUAAACUAAGACUUUCUAUGUG